AUGGAAAAGAAAAACGAACAAUACUCGCGUUCAAAGUUCAUCGAAGAACAACUCGAAGUGCUGAAAGCUGAAGAAGCAGUACUGUUGGAAGUGCGAAUGACACUACAGAAUCAAAAAUGGCAAUUGCUAUCGGAACACGACAAGAUUAAGGAGAAAAUCAAGCAAAGAGAUACCGGAGAGCCAGAAGUAGAGAUGCCGUCAGAAGCUGAACGAUCGGUGGCGUCAGAAGAGCAUACAGAGGAUAUCGACGAGAUUCCCGAUACACCGGAAGAGGGACCAGCGCCAAAGAAGGCCAAGUCAAGCGAACCCGAAAGAUGA